AUGAACGUUAACAGGCUCACUUUUAGUUUGAGCCCCUCGUCGUUUUUCAACACGUCGCAGAAAUGGAGAAAGGGUGAUUUAGUGGUCCUUUUGGUCGCUGUGAUACUCCUGUAUCCAGUUUACUAUCAGGAGCCAUUCGAAAGACAGUUCACUAUCAAUGAUUUGACUUUGUCGCAUCCUUUUGCUAAACAUGAGCGGGUCUCUGACACAAUGUUAUUUGUCUACUCUUUUGUUAUACCUCUGAUUGCCAUCAUGUUGAUCCUCGCUAUUUUUGCGGAUCCAAGACACAGGAUGUAUCUGAUGUACAUCUCUAUUUUAGGACUCUGUCUUUCUGUUUCUUUGACGACGCUGUUCACCAACUUCAUCAAGAAUUGGAUCGGGAGGUUGAGGCCGGACUUCCUGGCCCGCUGUGAGCCAAAAAAGGGGCUUCCAAUCGACACCUUGUUUUAUGCAUCCGACGUCUGUACCACCAAAAACCGGGAAAGAUUACUGGAUGGGUUCAGAACCACCCCCUCGGGCCAUUCUAGUCAGAGUUUCUCUGGUCUGGGUUAUUUCUACUUGUGGUUCUGCGGUCAGAUGUUGACCGAAAACCAGAGAAUCAGUUUGUGGAGAAAGAUCCUUGCGUUCAUUCCGUUGCUUGGAGCCGCGCUGAUCGCUUUGUCCAGGACUCAAGACUAUAGACACCAUUUUCUUGAUGUCAUCCUGGGAUCCGUUCUAGGUUACGUGAUUGGGCGCUUCAUCUACAGUAGGUACUUCCCUCCUAUCUCUAGUCCUUUGCCAUUCAAGCCACUGCUGGAUGACUCCGACGUAACUCUAGAAGUCGACGUGCAGCCUGCCCAGGGUGCGGAGAUCGAGCCUCUGACUGCUUAG